AAGCAUCAAAUUGCAUGAAGAAAAGCAGUGAAGAAAAGCCCACUUUGUUUUAAGGACUUUGCUGUUUUGUUGAUCUUCUUGUGUCUUUUGAAAUGACUUCAAUAUAAAAAGCAGAAGAGUAAACAUGCAGAGCUUUGUAAACAUAUAAAGCAUGCAGACAGACAGUAGAGAUUAACCUGAAAAAUCGGACUGGCUGGGAGUAAAAUGACGACGAGAGUGUUGCGCUUUGAGAUUGAUGUGGAAUGAAGCGAAACUACGGACAAGAGGAUAGUUACAACAACAUGAUGAUGCUCAGCAAUGCCCUGUGUUCAAACUCAGUAUGGAACUGUGCCCUACGACAACAACUACUUUAUCUCUGAGUUCCUGAACCCUGACCUCAGUGCUAAGCCAGCCAUGGACAUCGGUGCCCAGCGGGACCAGAUCACCGCCUCCUCCCUCCCCAGCAUCAACACCCUGGUGGGCAGCGGCUACGUGGGCGAGUUUGACGCCUACUCGUGCCAGAUCACCACCUCUGCCUCCAAUGCCCCCUCCGGCCCCGCUGCCGGCGGCAGCUCCAGCCCUCAGGCUCAGCACUCAGCCUUCAAACUGGACGACCUCCAAGUGUACGGCUGCUACCCGGGCUCCUUUGCCCUCAGCUACCUCGACGAGACGCUGUCCUCCUGUGGCUCCGAUUACUAUGGCAGCCCUGCGUCGGCCACCGCCUCCCCACCCACCCCGGGCUUCCAGAGCCAGCCUGGCUCGGCCUGGGACUCCCCCUUCAGCCCCUACUCCCCAGGCCCUGGGUGCUGGGUGGCUGAUAAGUCAGGCUUAGCUCAGCAACCCUCCUUCUUCACCUUCACCCCCCCGGUGGAGCAGCAUUCCCCCCUGGGGCAGCAUCAGGGCCCCCAUCAAGGUGAGGAGGACCCUUUCUUCCAGCCCUCACAGCAGCAUGCCUCCCCUCUCCAUUACACCCCCUUAUCCCUGGACCAGGUGUCCCUGGACAGCCCCGGGCUCAUGGAGGGGCCUAUGUUGUCCCCUAAGAUCUGCAGCCCCGGAGCCAACGAGGGUCGCUGUGCGGUGUGUGGGGACAACGCCUCCUGUCAGCACUACGGGGUCCGCACCUGUGAGGGCUGCAAGGGCUUCUUUAAGCGAACUGUACAGAAGAAUGCUAAAUAUGUGUGCCUAGCCAACAAAGACUGUCCAGUAGACAAGCGGAGGAGGAACCGGUGCCAAUUCUGCCGUUUCCAGAAGUGCCUCGUGGUGGGAAUGGUGAAAGAAGUCGUCCGCACAGACAGCCUGAAAGGUCGCAGGGGUCGUCUGCCCUCUAAACCCAAGACUGUACCAGAGUCAGCGUCCACCACCCCACCCAUCAACAUCAUCACCUCUCUUGUCAGGGCUCACAUAGACUCCAACCCCGCCAUUGGAAAACUGGACUACUCCAAGUACCAUGAGACAGUGGUCAGCCUAUCAGAGAAAGAGGAUGCCAACGACAUCCAGCAGUUCUACGACCUGCUGACUGGCACCAUGGAUGUGCUGCGGAAAUGGGCCGAGACCAUCCCAGGAUUCACCGCCUUCUGCCCAGAAGACCAGGAGCUGCUCCUGGAAUCUGCUUUCGUGGAACUCUUCAUCCUCCGGCUAGCAUACAGGUCGAGUCCUGAGAAGAACAAGCUGAUCUUCUGCAAUGGUGUGGUCCUUCACCGUAUGCAGUGUGUGAGGGGCUUUGGCGACUGGAUCGACUCCAUCAUGGACUUCUCCCAGAGCCUCCACCGCAUGAACCUGGACGUGUCCUCAUUCGCCUGCCUCGCAGCACUCGUCAUCAUCACAGAUCGCCAUGGCCUUAAAGAGCCCAAACGGGUGGAGGAGUUCCAGAACCGCCUCAUAACCUGUCUGAGGGACCACGUGGCCGGCAGUGGCUCCGACGCGGGGCGGCCCCAGCCCAACUUCCUGUCCCGUCUGCUAGGGAAGCUCCCCGAGCUGCGCACCCUCUGCACCCAAGGCCUGCAGCGCAUCUUCUACCUGAAGCUGGAGGACUUGGUCCCUCCACCACCCAUCGUAGACAAAAUCUUCAUGGAUACCUUACCUUUCUGAAAAGACAGACAAAAAGAUGAAGAGGAAUGAUUAAGUGAUGAUGCUGAGGGGACAAAAAUAUGAUAAACUGAGGAGGUGAAUAGGGGGCCCUUGUCUGUGUCUAUUACAUUUGGGACUUAUAGGACACCCCCCACUGAAGUGGCAUCUCCCCUUUCCAGUGCACUGACUUGAUGAAAAGUGUCUGAUUCUGCCUCUGGUCCAGUGUCUAAAAGUGAGGACUUAGACUGUAUUUUUCUCACAUUUAGUUUAAUAACAAAAACCUGUGGGUGACAGAAUUGGAUGUUUAUUUUCCAAUCUGUGGAAUUAUCCUGGACAAUGCAUUCAACAAGAGAGAGGAAGACAUGAGAUAACAAUUCUAGAUUUUGGUCUCUUUUGUAAGUGUGACUUUGUAGAGUGGCUUUAUCGCUAUGCAAAAAAAUGUGUACGUUUGUGUUUUUGCACGCUACAAAAUAUUGAGAGACAGUUGGUGUGUAUGUACAGCUCUGAGGGGGAAAAGCAGGCAUGUUCACACCUGAACACCCACUUAAACCUAAGUUCUCAAAAAUCCUAUUGAGUUUCCAAAUCCCAACACAACUUAAUUUAGUAGCUGUUCCAAGUUGACACAUAGGGAGGCCAACAGUGUCAAACGCUGGAGUCUCCAGUCCACUAGCCUUUCUCAAAGACAACUGUUGCGUCCUACAUUUCAAAGUGAGUAUUUUCAGUGAAACCAUAAUAAUAAUAAUAGCCAUUUGUAGUCCUGAUACCACACAUUUACACCUAUAGAAGGUCGGACCAAAGGGUUGCUGUCUAUCUGUCUGCAGUGACAGCUGGCUAUUGUUGUGACAUUUACAGCUCAUCAACCACAAAGCCUUAAUGUACUUUACAGGCCCAGUGCAGUCAAAAAUGUGAUUUUCCUGUUUAUAUUUAUAUUUUCACACUAUGAGGAUGGAAUAAUACUGUGAAAUUGUUAAAAUUAUGAUAAU